UUAGAAUGAACGCCACUCUUUCCUCUCCACUCUCCUCCACCCAAUCCUUAUUCCCUUAAUACUCCCCACAACGCCCACAUAUACUCCCUGCAUCUGCAGCUGUACAUUGUUAAUUCCCUCUCUCGUGACAAUGGCUGCCAUCACCGCUGCAGUUUCUCUCCCCACAUCGGCGCAUUCCUCUUCCCUUGCUCGGAUUUCAUCUUCGUCCUCUUCUUCUGCUGAUAGACUUUCAUUUCAAAAGGCAUUCCAAGGCACCAGACUGAGCAGCUGCGAAGGAAAACCUGUCGUGGGGUUGAGCACCGGCAGAGGCAGAAUAGGCCUCCUCCUUGUGAAUGCCCAAGGGACAAGCACAACAACAGAGGCCCCUGCAAAGGUCGUCAAGGAAUCAAAAAAGAAUGAGGAAGGGGUGGUGGUGAACAAAUUUAAGCCCAAGAGUCCUUACAUUGGUCGCACUCUCCUCAACACCAAAAUCACUGGGGACGAUGCCCCUGGAGAGACAUGGCAUAUGGUCUUCUCAACAGAAGGAGAAAUUCCAUACAGAGAAGGGCAAUCAAUUGGAAUCAUCCCAAAAGGAGUGGACAAGAAUGGGAAGCCCCACAAGCUCCGUCUUUAUUCCAUUGCCAGCAGUGCACUAGGGGACUUUGGGGACUCUAAAACAGUUUCUUUGUGCGUUAAACGUCUUGUAUAUGCUAAUGACCAAGGAGAGAUAGUAAAAGGAGUAUGCUCAAACUACCUGUGUGACUUGAAGCCUGGGGAAGAUGUUACAAUCACAGGUCCAAUUGGGAAAGAAAUGCUUAUGCCUUCUGAUCCUAAUGCAACUGUAGUUAUGCUUGGUACUGGUACUGGUAUUGCACCCUUCAGAGGUUUCUUGUGGAAAAUGUUUUUUGAGAAGCAUGACGACUACAAGUUCAAUGGGUUAGCAUGGCUAUUCUUGGGUGUUCCUACAAGCAGUUCCUUGUUGUACAAAGAGGAAUUCGAGAAGAUGAAAGAAAAGUACCCUGACAACUUAAGGGUGGACUUUGCAGUGAGUCGUGAGCAAACAAAUGAAAAGGGAGAAAAGAUGUACAUUCAGACCAGAAUGGCCCAGUAUGCAAAGGAGCUCUGGGAGUUGUUGAAAAAGGACAGCACCUAUGUGUAUAUGUGUGGUUUAAAAGGCAUGGAAAAGGGCAUUGAUGAAAUCAUGGUCUCAUUGGCAGCUGCAGAUGGUAUUGACUGGGCAGAAUACAAGAGGAAGUUGAAGAAAGAGGAGCAAUGGAAUGUGGAAGUCUACUGAUGCUUCAUAACAAUAAUCUUUUCUUGGGAGCCUUAUGUUUCUGUACCAUAGCUAGUGAAGUGAAGUUUCAAUGGAAGGCAAGUCCUGUUUUCAAAGAGGGCUCUCAAAGCAAAGCUUUUUACUCGCAGGAAGAUGGUAGCUAUACGCCUAUUGAAGAAACAUUUACCUACACUUGUAUCCGCAAAAUUUUAGUGAUAAGAGGUAAUCUAUCACAUUAGUGUGCUUUAAGCCCAUUUGUUUCUCUCAAGACCAAAUCUUAAGGAAAGCUUGUUCAAUUAUGGAGGGAGAUAAUUAUUACAUAAUUAAUAAAGGGGUUGUUUAAA